GCGAUGGAGUUUGUGCGGGUGCUGUGGCUCGGCCUGGUGCUGGGGCUGGGACCCGGGCCCGUUGGGGGCCACCCGCAGCCAUGCGGCGUCCUGGAGCGCCUGGGGGGCUCAGUGCGCCUGGGCGCCCUCCUGCCCCGCGCGCCUGGCGCCCGCGCCCGCGCCCUCACCGCCCUGACCCGGGCCAUCCUGGCGCCGAGGCUGCCUCACAACCUGAGCUUGGAGCUGGUGGCCAUGAAGACCCCUGCCCGCGACCCAGCCUCACUUACCCACAGCCUGUGCCAGGCGCUGGCGCCGCCGGGCGUGGCGGCCUUGCUCGCCUUUCCCGAAGCCCGGCCCGAGCUGCUGCAAUUGCACUUCUUGGCCGCCGCCACCGAGACCCCGGUUCUCAGCGUGCUGCGGCGGGAGGCGCGGGCGCCCCUCGGCUCCCCGAACCUGUUCCACCUCCAGCUGGACUGGGCCAGCCCCCUGGAGACACUGCUUGAUGUGCUGGUGUCUGUGCUGCGGGCACAUGCCUGGGAGGACAUUGGCCUGGUACUAUGCCGUGUCCGGGAUCCCAGUGGCCUGGUGGCCCUCUGGACAAGCCGGGCUGGCCAAGCCCCGCAGCUUGUGCUAGACCUAAGCCGGCUGAACACAAGAGACACAGAGCUGCAGGCACACCUAGCCCCACUGAGCCUGCCUGUGGGAGGCGAAGCCCUGGUUUCUGUAGCUGUCCUUCUCGGCUGUGAUGCUCCCCAUGCCCGUCAGGUGCUGGAGGCUGUGCCCCCUGGGCCCCGCUGGCUGCUGGGCACACCAUUGCCAGCUGAUGCUCUGCCAACAGAGGGCCUGCCGCUAGGGCUCCUGGCACUGGGUGAGGUGGCCCGACCCCCACUGGAGGCUGCCAUUUAUGAUGCUGUGGACCUAGUAGCCCAGGCACUGGACAGAGCAGCCCAGGUGCAGCCAGAGCGAGCCCUCCUCCCUACCACGGUCAACUGCAGCAGCCUGCAGCCAACCAGGCCAGAGUCCUCUGGGCGCUUCUUGGCACGGUUCCUGGCCAACACAUCAUUCCAGGGACAAACGGGGCCAGUGCGGGUGACCACGACCUCCCAGGUACUCAUAUCUCGGCACUUCAAGGUGUGGAGCCUGCGCCGGGACCCACAUGGUGCCCCAGCCUGGGCCACAGUGCGCAGCUGGCAAGACGGGCAGCUGGACUUGGAAGCUGGGGGUGCUGCUGUGCGGCCCCCUCCCCUGCAGGGUGCUCAGGCCCCUCCCAAGCUACGUGUGGUGACACUGGUGGAGCAUCCCUUUGUGUUUGCCCGUGAGCCAGAUGAGGAUGGGCAGUGCCCAGCAGGGCAGCUGUGUCUGGACCCUCGUACCAAUGACUCAGCUACCCUGGACACACUGUUCGCUGCACUGGCCAAUGGUUCUGUGCCCCACUCCCUGCGAAAGUGCUGCUAUGGCUACUGCAUCGACCUGCUGGAGCAGCUGGCAGAGGACACGCCCUUUGACUUUGAGCUGUACAUCGUGGGUGAUGGCAAGUAUGGUGCCCUGCGGGAUGGCCGCUGGACUGGCCUGGUGGGGGACCUGCUGGCUGGCAGGGCCCACAUGGCAGUCACUAGCUUCAGCAUCAAUUCAGCCCGCUCACAGGUGGUAGAUUUUACCAGCCCCUUCUUUUCCACCAGCCUGGGCAUCUUGGUGAGGGCACGCGACACAGCCUCUCCCAUUGGUGCCUUCAUGUGGCCGCUGCACUGGUCCAUGUGGGUGGGCGUCUUCUCAGCACUGCACCUCACCGCGCUCUUCCUCACCCUUUACGAGUGGCGCAGCCCCUACGGCCUCACUCCUCGUGGCCGCAAUCGGAGCACAGUGUUCUCCUACUCCUCAGCCCUCAACCUCUGCUAUGCCAUCCUUUUUGGACGCACUGUCUCCAGCAAGACACCCAAGUGCCCCACGGGGCGCUUCCUCAUGAACCUCUGGGCCAUCUUCUGUCUGCUUGUGCUGUCCAGCUACACGGCCAACCUGGCUGCCGUCAUGGUUGGGGACAAAACCUUUGAGGCGCUUUCGGGGAUCCAUGACCCCAAGCUGCACCACCCGUCACAGGGCUUCCGCUUUGGCACAGUGUGGGAGAGCAGUGCUGAGGCAUACAUCAAGAAGAGCUUCCCUGAGAUGCACGGACACAUGCGGCAUCACAGUGCACCCACUACACCUCUAGGUGUUGCCAUGCUCACGAGCGACCCCCCAAAGCUCAAUGCCUUCAUCAUGGACAAGUCGCUUCUGGACUACGAAGUCUCUAUCGACACUGACUGCAAACUCCUGACUGUGGGCAAGCCCUUUGCCAUCGAGGGCUAUGGCAUUGGACUGCCCAGGAACUCGCCGCUCACCUCCAACCUGUCAGAGUUCAUCAGCCGCUACAAGUCCUCAGGCUUCAUCGACUUGCUCCAUGAUAAGUGGUAUAAGAUGGUGCCUUGUGGGAAGCGGGUCUUUGCUGUUACAGAGACCCUCCAGAUGGGCAUCUACCACUUCUCGGGACUCUUUGUGCUGCUCUGUCUGGGCCUCAGCAGUGCUCUGCUCAGCUCGCUGGGUGAGCAUGUCUUCUACCGCCUGGCACUGCCACGAAUCCGUAGGGGCAACAAGCUGCAGUACUGGCUGCAUACCAGCCAGAAAAUCCACCACGCCCUCAACCCAGAGCCACCAGAUGCACAGGAGAGUCCCAGGCCUGAGACAAGUGGCCUUGAGGAACAAGAGAGGCAGGACACAUCGACAGCUCAAGAGGGCUCUGGGGCCUGUAAACAAGUGUGCCAGGCCAUAGGCAAGGAGCGUCGAGUACGCUUCCUGCUGGAGCCCCCUGCAGCUGCAACCCCAGAGAACACAGCUGUAGAGACUAGGACACCAGAGGGCCCCAUGUGGCUGUGCUCCAAUGGCCGCACACCCUCAGUAUUGGCUCAAGGCCCACCACAGCCCAACGAGCUGCAGAAGCUGGAGCAACACAUCGAGGGUGUGCGGGAGCGGCUCCGCCAGGCCCUGAUACGGCGAGGUGACCUCCUGGCCCAGCUCAGGGACAGUGCCCAGCACCGACCAUUGCGCCUGCUACCAGCCAGAGCAGCCCCAGGGGAAGCCCCUUCCUAUUUGGGCCCUUGGGGGAAUAAGGAAUAGAGGCCAAGACUUGGGCCUCUCUGUUC